AUGCCCAGUCGAGGAACUCUACAGCUCUUCAAGCGUUCCAGCACCGGGCUACCACUCAAUAAGCCGCCAUCACCGCCGCUAUCUUUUACCGACCUCCCGGAAUACGAACCUGAAACGUCAGAAUUGCCACAAAAGUCGAACGGUGUUCUCUCCUUGUUCAACCCUGGUACAUUCCCUAUGCACAAGAGGUGUUCUGAGAGAAUACAGCCCUCAACACCUCCUGCUUCGCCCAUAUAUGAGAGGCCGCUGCUAGCGGGACGAUCAAAGACUGCCCCAGCGACAUGCCAACACAGAUUUGGAAGCGUGCCAGAGAUGGAGUACACAAAUAUGUCUAUCAAAAGGAGGAAAGCAGCACACGGUCGAGUGAACGGCAUGAGAAACUCUCUGGGAUUGAAUGUUUUGAAGGAAUCAGCGGAUGGGAUGAUCACGUCGGCUGCCGCUGAACCACCGAAGCUUAGCACAACAAGGGAACCGGCAUCCUGCGAAGAGACCGAGGCAAUGAACACGGCGACGACAGAGCCGCAUCGGCGUCGCAGGAGCACUACAGGCAGUAUCGACCACUACUACGACCACGACCACGACCACGACACUGUCAACUCACCAUACUCCUCUCUUCUUCUUCUCCAGGCAUACUUCCACUAA